UUCUGUAUUAUCGAUAUGGCUUAGGAUUGUUGUGCAUUGAAGAAUAAGAGCUUACAUUUUGUGAAAAUACUGUGAAUUUGAAAUAUUACUGAAUUUAAUUUUAUUGUUUUUCAUUGGUAUUAAAUAUAAUGAAGUUUACACAAAUUUUAUACAAGCAACACAUAGGUAGGCAGAUUAAAAAAUUAUGGUAUAUAAAGCGGGAACGCAAAAUAGGUGAUAGUAUGGUAGAACAGCAUUUAUCAACAUUGGGGAUUCAGGUGAAAGAUCCCUUGGAAAUAAUCGUACCAAAAAAAGAAUUACCAAGGUUAGAAAUAAACUUUUUGAAACCAAAAAUAGUUUUUGAUGAAACACAUCCUGAUUGGAAAGCUCGAGCGUGUUUGAUAUUUAAGGACCAUAAUGUUCUGCAACAAGGAGUUCAGCAAGCGCAAAUAUUAACAAACACUGUGUGCUUGUCACAGAGCUUUUCAAAUUAUAUCCAAGAUCCACUUCCACAUCUGCCGGAAUAUAUAGAUGAUGUAGUAAAAAGAGCAUUUUAUACCUCAAAUAUAUUUGAUGCUUCUCAAGAAUUAUUGCAAAAGAGAAAAGAUCCUAAAAGACCUGCAUGGGUGUUUCCCAGAGAUUAUGGCAUAACCGAAUGUAGAAAAAUGCGAAACUUGUCCAGGAAAUUCUUACAAAUCUGCGAGUCCUUAUCUGGUCUAGAUAUUGCACAGAAACGAUACGUAUUGUAUGAUGGGAUUACACAGUUAAAUUUGGAAAAAGAAUCAAAUCUGAUCCAGUUCAUCUUAAGAUCAGAUGUGAUGGUCAUGUCAGCAAGUCCUCUAAAGCCAGUAGAAAAUUCUAAUAGCAAUAGGAAGAUGGAACUCCCAAACAUCCAUCCAAUGCAUUAUACUAUUAGCUUAAACGAAACAAAUUUCUACACUACUGAAGACAUAUAUCCUGUUACAACAACAUCGCCGUGGAUAAACGCUCACACCAUUUUUGUGCACUAUGAUCCUGUGGAAGUGAAAAACCUGACAGGAUUAUCCGUGACAGAAGAUCAAAUUAUCAGUCGCAGUAUGAUAAAAUCAUACACCAUAGCAGCGUCUUGCGCACGGCAGAGGUUCGGCUCGUCGGUGAAGAAACUGCCAGAACCGAUAACUGUGCAGUGUAUUCAAUUAGAUGGGAAGAAUUACCACUUCUUCGUAUUUCAACUCAAUUCGUUAGAUGCCAAUGACGCCAGUGUGAAAAAUUUCUGGUAUACUCUACCAUCGUCAAUGCUUUACAAGAAAGCUCAAUAUGAUAAUGGCAGACCUGUAGUUGAGGAUUACAAUCCGGAAGUGUUUAGAAAAAUACUAGCAUUUUAUAGAAAUGGAAAUUAAAUAAAAUUGUUUAUAGAUCUUCUAA